AGCGAGAUUGUCACCUGCCGGUGUCCAGGUGGAGCUGGGGCUCCCCGAGAUCUGCGGGUCCCCCGCUCAGGCUGCACUGCCCCAUCUUGCAGAUGAGGAAACAGAAGUGGGGCAGCUGCAGCCCCAUCCCCGGUCAGCCCAGCCCCACGGGGAGGAUUAAAGCGCGUCCUGGCCCCGGAGCCUUCCUGUGGUCUGUCCUGGGCCCGUCUGCAGAGCCGGCACCUUGCUCCUGCCCCCACGGCCCAUCCCUCACCGCCUGACCCUCCCAAACGAUGCACACAGAGGCUAAAAAUACCCUCGUGUCCCCACGUGGCCACCAGCCGAGCCCCGCCCAGCAGGCCCUCCAGUCCCCUCGCGGCCGGCCGGCGGGCAGCCCUGCUCUCGGGCUGUGUCCUCAGCAGAGGGGUCCCGGGGCCGACUGAGAGGUGCUCGGGCGGCUCCAGGCACUUGUUCCCCGUGAGUGUGAGCGGGUGGGCUGCCGAGGGCCCUCGUUGGCACGGGCGCCAUGGUGCGGAAUGUGGACGACCUGGACUUCCACCUGGCCUCGCACGCCCAGGACACGCUGGACGGCCUGCAGCGGCUGCGCUCUCAGCCCAAGCUGGCUGACGUCACGCUGCUGGUGGGCGGCCGGGAGCUGCCCUGCCACCGCGGCCUCCUGGCCCUGAGCAGCCCCUACUUCCACGCCAUGUUCACGGGCAACUUUGCCGAGAGCUUCUCUGCGCGCGUGGAGCUGCGGGACGUGGAGCCGGCGGUGGUGGGGCAGCUGGUGGACUUCGUGUACACGGGCCGGCUGACCGUCACCCAGAGCAACGUGGAGGCGCUGACACGCACGGCCGCGCGCCUCCACUUCCCCGCCGUGCAGAAGGUCUGCGGCCGUUACCUGCAGCAGCAGCUGGACGCUGCCAACUGCCUGGGCAUCUGCGAGUUUGGGGAGCAGCAGGGGCUGCUGGGCGUGGCUGCCAAGGCCUGGGCCUUCCUGCGGGAGAACUUUGAGGCCGUGGCACGUGAGGACGAGUUCCUGCAGCUGCCCCGAGACCGGCUGGCCACCUGUCUGGCCAGCGACCUGCUGCAGGUGCAGCCAGAGCAGAGCCGGCUCGAGGCCCUGCUGCGCUGGGUGCGCCACGACCCACCGGCCCGGGCCACCCACCUGCCUGAGCUGCUGGGCCUGGUGCACCUGGACGCCGUGCCCGGGCCCUGCGUGCAGGAGCUGCUGGCCACAGAGCCUCUGAUCCAGGAGUCGGAGGCAUGCCGGGCGGCCCUGGCCCAGGGCCACGGUGGGGUGCGGCCCGCCCUCCCGCAGAAGCUGGAGGAGGUGCUGGUGGUGGUGGCCGGGCGGGCGCUGGAGGAGGACGAGGCGGGUGAGGAGCCCGCCCCCCGCCCCGGGAACUUCGCCUUCUACAACACCAAGGCCAAGAAGUGGAUGGCGCUCCCGGACUUCCCCGACUACCACAAGUGGGGCUUCUCCCUGGCAGCCCUGAACAACGACAUCUACGUCACAGGCGGCUCUCGGGGCACAAAGACAGACACCUGGUCGACCACCCAGGCCUGGUGCUUCCCGCUGAGGGAGGCCGCCUGGAAGCCCGUGGCGCCCAUGCUGAAGGCCCGCACCAACCACGCCAGCGCUGCGCUCAACGGGGAGAUCUACGCCAUCGGCGGCACCACUCUGGACGUGGUGGAGGUCGAGAGCUAUGACCCCUACACGGACAGCUGGACGCCGGUCAGCCCCGCCCUCAAGUAUGUCAGCAACUUCUCUGCCGCCGGCUGCCGGGGCCGGCUCUACCUGGUGGGCUCCAGCGCCUGCAAGUACAACGCCCUGGCCCUGCAGUGCUACAACCCUGUCACAGAUGCGUGGAGCGUGAUCGCCUCGCCCUUCCUGCCUAAGUACCUGUCCUCACCGCGCUGCGCCGCGCUACACGGGGCACUCUACCUCAUCGGCGACAACACCAAGAAGGUCUACGUGUACGACCCCGGGGCCAACCUGUGGCAGAAGGUGCAGUCCCUGCACAGCCUGCAUGAGAAUGGCGCACUGGUGCCCCUGGGUGCCGCGCUGUAUGUGACAGGCGGCCGCUGGCAGGGCAUGGAUGGCGACUACCACGUGGAGAUGGAGGCCUACGACACCGUGCGGGACGCCUGGACCCGCCACGGCGCGCUGCCUCGCCUCUGGCUCUACCACGGGGCUUCCGCCGUCUUCCUGGACGUCUCCAAGUGGACCCAGCCCUUCAGCCCCGCCCAGGAGCACUAAGCCAGGGGGCUGGGGGGACGGGUCCCGUGGCAGCUCCCCGUCACCCCCGUGGAACAGCUAUUCUGCCUGUCUGUUCACACAGAGCUGCCGUCCCCUCCAGGGCUCAGGCCGGGCCCCGGCCACUGGGGUCGUCAGAUGGCACAGCCCGGCACACACAGCCUUGGCGUCUGGAGCUGCCACACCAAGCUCUGAUCUGAGCAGCCACAAGGGCCCGGUCGCUGGACACCUGCAUAAUGGGGACAAGAAGCUCUGCCGCCCUCGGGCUGCCAGGACCUCAGAGAAAGGUGCAGCGGGACAGUGGCUCCAGCUCUCCCGGCCUCGGCUGCUCCUGCCUCUGGGCCCGGCCGUGGCUUCCGGAGCAAUCGCACACAUGCGGGUCGAACGCGGAGUGGCCCAGGAAGCUGUGGAGAGGGAAGGGCCCUGGGACAGGGCCAGCACCAGGCCACCUGGGUGCCACCACAGCGGCAGCCUCUGCUCCAGGGCUUCAGGCGGGGUGUCCACUGCGCACGGGGCUGGCCGGGUGGGCUCUGGGCUCUCCCCACGACAGCCUCUGCCUGUUGGCGCCGGGCUUCUGGGGACAAAGGAGGCCCCGCCCAGCUCUUCCGUGCCACCCUCCCACCAGGAGCUCAGCCCCCAGGGAGGCAGAGGAAGCAGGGAGGCCGGGCGCCCUCCUUCCUCUGUUUCUUGGGAUGAUUGUCUUCAAACAAAGGCUCUUCAGGAGAAGAAAUUCACUGGGUGAGGCCCGCCCGGGCAUCGCAGGGAUUUCCGGGGUGGCCCUGGGGCCUGUUGGCGGCUCGCUCCUGCAGCCUCCUGAGAGAGGGAGGGGGUAGCAUCGACGGCUCCCCUGCCGGCACGCAGCGUGACCAAGGACUCUCUGUGGGUGCUGAGUGCCAUGUCCUCGCCGUCACAGGACUGCCAGUCAGGAGUCGGGUCCAGCCCAGCGCCAGCCCUGGCACCGACCCUCAGAGGCCGUGGGCAGCUCCCGUCCCCCUCCGGAUCCGGGUUCCUCUCCAGGGCCGGCCCAGUGGGGGCCAGAGGGGCCCCGGGCGUCCCUGGGCUCUGAGGACAGGAGUCCCCAGUCCCUCCCGCUUCUGUAGCCCUGACCUGCUUUGCCCCCAGACCUGACUUCUCAUGCCCCUUUCUUGUGGGACAACUGAGUCGACUCCCAGGGCCCAGAGAGGGACCUGGGUGUGUCCCGAAGGAACCAGAGCCCGGACCUGGGGCAAGCGGUGUCGGCGGUGGGUUGGGGGAAACAAGGUGAGGAUUUCUGGGAACUUUGACUGUUUCCACACAGAAAUCUCCUGAAAUCUUUUCUAGACAGUUAUCGAAGGAGACCAGCCAAAGGGCUGUUUGAAAUGAAGGCUCGAUAUAAACCAU